CUGUGGAAUAUAGGAAUACUGCUACAGGGGGAAAGGAAUACAGUAUGGUACACUGUUACUGGAAACAUAUUCAGUUAUAAACAUUUGAGCAGAAGCUGUUGUACAGUGGGAGUUAAUUAUGCACGUGGAGUUAAUUGUGCACAUGAUUGGUUUAAUUAAUGCCACUGGAAGCCAGAGGCAGAACAGAUAAAGACAGGUAGAUCAAGAAUUAAAGGACAUAAUUACCUUAGGGCAUAAGAAAGUCAAAAGAAAGUGGAGUUAUUAAGAUCAAGACGUGGAAACUAUUCUGGAAUCAGCAAAGCAACACAGUUGCAAUUAAACCUUCUGCCAUUGCCUUUGGUUAUUAAACCAUAAUUGGAAAAUGUUAACAUUGGACAGUUAGAGCGGCACAAUUUUGUGGUAUUGUUGUUUGAUAUAAUUCAUACUGGUGUCAUAAUCGCACUACAGACUCUUUAAUGAUGUUUUAUAUAAAAAAUUUGAUUGUGAAAUUUCCUGUAUGGAAAAUUAUAGUAUAAGUUCAUUGAUGUGGAACAUUAAAAUAGGUAGUAUAGAUAUAGGAUAAAUAACAGCGAAAUAUCUGCAGUUAAUCAUUAACAGAGUGAAUGUAAAACCGUGAGCAAUACAUGAAUUCAGUGGAGACUGAUGUUUAUUUGAAUAAGGUUAUUCAAGUGAAAGCGGUGAAUUUGAACAGAGAAUUGAGGUUUAAAGGAUUAAAAUUGUUUUGCUAGAAAAGUACCGGUACUUAUUUACUGUGAUGAUUUUGCAUGAGCAGAUAAUAGAGAUGUGUUAAAUAAUUCAUAUUAUGGAUAUUUAUAUACAGAAAUCAUAGAAAUACAUGAUAAAUAUAUGCAGUGCAUGCGAGUUUGUAAAAGAAAAAAAAAAUUUGAUAUAAAUGAACAAAAAUAUUAUAAAGGAUCAAAAUGGAGCGUAAAAUGAUUUAUCUUAGUGUUUAUGUUACUAUCAUCGGGAUUACCAGUUUAGCUCAGGAUAUUACAUACCAUAUUGAAGAAGAACUUUCAAACUCAACAAAAAUUGGAAAUAUCGGUGAUGACUCAAACCUGUUUUCUGCAAUUGGAGGUAGUGACUCUUCAUCACUUACAUUUAGUUUUUUGACAACAGGAAACCAGUACUCACAUUAUUUUAGAGUAGGUAAAAACAGUGCUGAUUUGUUUACAAAUGAUGUAAUUGACAGAGAAACCGUCUGUGAGUUCACAGAAAUUUGUAUGCUUGUGUUACAGAUUGCAGCAAAAUCUGAGUUAGGCAGCUUCUUCAGAAUUUUGAAAAUUCAUGUUUUCAUUAAUGAUAUUAAUGACCAUUCACCAGUGUUUUCAAAAUCUACUUUGACAUUACCAGUUUCUGAAGCUGUUUUGGUUGGCACAUCAUACGCCAUUGACGGAGCAAGAGAUCGUGACACGAGUCCAGAAUACUCCCUGAAACAAUAUGAACUACAGUCUGUGGAUCCUGAUUUUACUGGAAAUUUACCAUUUUCAAUUCAGUUUUCAAAACAUUUAGAUGGCAGUUCUAUCAUUAGACUAUAUGUGACUGAACCAUUAAACAGAGAAGUUAGGGAUGCAUAUCAUCUUGAAAUAACAGCUUUCGAUGGUGACAUUCCGCCACGACAAGGGAGACUGCCAGUAUUUAUAAUAGUUUCAGAUGCAAAUGACAAUCAACCACAAUUUGAUUCUCCAUCCUACAACUGUACAGUGACUGAGGAGACAAUGGAAGGGGAGGUAAUCAUUCAGCUGAAUGCAACAGAUUUAGACUCAGAAGACAAUGGCAAGAUUAAGUAUAAACUAAGUCCUCAUCAGAGUAACGAAAUUUUUGAUAAAUUUGGUAUUAUCGAAGAUACUGGUGAAAUUAUUCUAAAAGAGAAAAUUGUGUAUUCUCCGGGUAAAAUCUAUAGGAUUAUUGUGGAAGCCUACGAUAAUCCCAUUGAUGGACAGUCAUUGUCAACACAGACUUUUGUUAUUGUUAAUAUUGAAAACACAGGAAAUAAUGCACCUAAGAUUGUUAUGAAUUUGUUAACCCAAAAUGACAAUGCAGAAGUUCCAGAGUCUGCAAAUAUAGGAAAAGUGGUUGCCUUUGUUGAGGUUGUGGACCAUGAUGAAGGAAAGCAAGGAAUGGCUAGCUGUAUAAUACAGAGUAUAGACUUCGAUAUACAGAGAAUUGAUAUGAAUAAGUAUAAGAUUUUUGUUGCACAACCGCUUGAUUAUGAGAGGAAUCAGAUCCAGACUGUCACAGUUCAUUGCCAGGAUAAUGGUAAACCACCACUGCCCGCUUCAGCAUCUUUCAAUAUUUCCAUCUUGGAUAAAAAUGAUAACACACCAGUCUUUACCGAGUCUCCGUAUACAAAAAAUGUGAGAGAAGAUUUACCAGUCAGAGAUUUUAUUCUUCAAGUUAGUGCUACAGAUUUAGACUCAGGCAAAAACUCUAAAGUAAGCUUUGAAAUUUCAAAAAGAUACACUCACAAGAAUUACUUCUAUUUUGAAAAUUUACCAAAUAACAUUGCUAAUCUACGGCUGAACAGGUCUCUGGAUAGAGACACCAUAUCAUCAUAUGUUUUCCCGAUUUAUGCUAUAGAUGAAGGAGAAGAAGGGGAACCAUCCAAAACUGGCUCCGCUAUGAUUAACUUACACAUCACAGAUGUAAAUGAUGAGAAACCAGUAUUUAAAAUGUCCCCUUUUACAAUUGUUGUGCUAGAAAAUCUCCCAGCUGAUACUCCAGUUGGAAACGUUAUUGCUACAGACAAUGACCUUGGAGUUAAUGCUCAGGUUGAAUACAAAAUACAUCCAGAUGAUAGAGAUAACAUUCCUUUUAUUAUGUUUUCGAAUGGAAAUAUUAAAACAAACCAAGAAUUAGAUCGUGAGGCUCAAGAUAGAUAUGAGUUCAAAGUAAUUGCAACUGAUAAAGGUGAAAAUCCGCUCAGCAGUACAGGCACUGUAGUAGUUCUAGUAUCUGAUGCAAAUGAUAUGUAUCCUGAAAUUCGCUUUCCAAGACCAGAUAACAAUACAGCUUCUGUGGUGCAGUCGGCAAAACCUUGGCAGAUAGUGACAAGAGUUCUUGCCAGUGAUGCUGAUGAAAUUGGAACUGGAAAUAGUCGACUGAGAUUUGACAUUAUUGCCAGAAAUGAUUCUGAGCUGUUUCAAAUAAAUCCAAACACGGGUGAAAUUCAAAUUACAAAAUCAGUAGAUUCAGUGGAAGUAGGUAAACUGUUCAAACUAGAUAUACUUGUGUCAGAUUAUGGUAAACCUAGAGCAAAAACAUCACCAUGUGUGCUUUUCAUCAGAAUAAAAUCAAGCAAUGCAACUAAAACAGAAGUAUCUACUGAUGUCUUGAGUAACCAGAACUUCUUGAUAGCAAUUAUAGUUGGCAUAGUAACAGUUGUUCUCUCCCUUGGAAUUUUGGCCACCAUUUGCAUCAUUAGAAGAAUAGACAGGGAAAGAAAGGAAGAACAGAAAAGAAAGAACAAUAAUCAAAUUAAAGUAGAUCCAGAUAUAAAUGACAGACAAGUAUUUGAUGGCAGUAUAACAGUUUUUUCACUACCAUCAGAGGACAGUUUACUUAAUGAAAAGAAGAAAAAAGAAGUCAGUUUCUCAUUAGAAGAUGAUGUUUUUUCUGAUGAUGAUCUUAUCCAGAAAAAUGGUUUAGACAACAAUCAUCGGCAUUUUAAGCCAAACCUGUCCUACCUUACACCAAGUACGAAGAAGGUGGAGGACAACCAUAGUGAAACAUCAGGUGAUACAGGAACCAGUGAUAGCGGGCGGGGAGGCAGUGAUGAGGAGAUACACACCAGUAUGUCACAGUCACCCAGGGACAAAAUGAUGGAUUUCACUCGGCCACUUCCACCAAUAUCCCAUCAGGAAAUCAUCCCAUUUUCAUUCAAAAAGGGCAUGGCACUGCCAUACAACAACAGGGACUACAGCAGUAGACCAGAUGUGAUAAAUACUGACAAUAUAGAAAUGUCAAGGCGUGACCUUGACCCCCACAAACACGGGUUAUCCACAAUGGCAGUCCAUUUGCCAAAUGACUCAUUAGACAGAUCUCGAAAUAAAGUUGUCCUUCUGCAGACAGAUUCUGGUAUCCAUAGUGACACAAAUUCUAAUGAAGGAGACAAUACUAGAGAUUGUAUGGUCUGAUAUUAAUAACUAAAUUGUUAUCAUACAUAAUUGGCAUUUUUAACUCCAAACCCCCUCUAGUCUGACUUAUGGAUGGUUCCUUACAUUAGACAAAAUUUCUGAAAAAUGGGAGUUUAAGUGAGAAGUGGGGGUUUGCAGAUUAAAACAGUGCUACGGUCAGUAUUUAUAUAUGUGAUAUUAUGGGAAAACUUGGUUGAAGAUCCAGUGCUUCCUUCAGCUAUAAACUCCGAACAUUCAAAAAUCUUACUACAGUAGAUUUUUGUUCCCAACUGUAUUGAAGCUGAAUGUGGCAAAGUAAGAACAGGGCAGUAGCAGAUUGGACUGAGAUGUAUUGACAAUGGAACAGGAAUAGACACAAUAAGAGGAAGAUAGUAGGCAUUAAAUCAAUGAAAAGAAAACCAGACAUUAUAUUCCAUUGGUGCAGAUGUCACUCUGAGCUGCCCAUGUAUCCAGUCACUGCAACUUGCUGUUACCAAUGUAUGUUGCCGUGGUAACUUUGUGGCACUAUUGUUGUUUCCAGUUGAUGGCUCAGUCAACAAACACAACCUGUCAUAGAACUGCUGUAUAUGGACUGACUUGAGACUAGUCCUCUGUAAACUUUACAAGAAACUUCUUUUUCUCACAUUUUUGGAACUUUUUAAACUUUUUUUCUUUGAUGAAUAAAUGUAAACAUCAUGUUUAUAUGAAUAUGUGUAUAUGCAUGUUUUAUAUGUGAGUUGUAUGUGCAAUUGAAGUACUGUAUUCAAUAGUUUUGAACUAUAAUGAUUUGAAAAAGUAAACUUACAUACUUGGCACAAAUAUGUUAGGUAAUUGUUUUCAUUUUCUUCUGCAAACUAGAAUUACUAACACAAGCAAUGUAAAUGAUUUGCAUUAUAAAGUUAGUGCAUUGUGGAAGGGCCACAGAUUAUUUCAUUACAAUGUAUUUGUUAUAAGCUGCCAUAUUUUCUAAAAGUAUUUGAUGAAGUUUGAUAAUUAUGUUUGUAUGUAAACUGUACUUAUUUAUUUUGGAGUUAUUGUGAUAAAUAUUCAUAUUUGAUGUUCUAAAAAUAUAAAACCAUAUUCUACAUA